AUGCCCGCCUUACUAGAAGACCCCUCAUCGCGCAACCCCCCACCCCAAGCACACAUCCAAGCAGCAAGCACACUAAUUCCCCGCCACACAACCCUCCCCAAAUCCGGCUCAGCAGCUGUAACCCUAUACCCAAUCACCAAUGGCCCCUCCAGCAUCCCCCAGGACCUAAUCAAGUACCUGCAUGCGGAGUUUAGCGCAGAGAUCGAGCGCGGCACCACAUAUCCCAUGGAGCAGGCGCUAGAUCUUCAGCAAUUUGCAGAGUACUGGUUCGGCACGUUUGCAGUUGUGGCUGUUAUGGACGACGAGAGUGAUGCCGCUGGUGUCAAUGGGUUAAGGGAGGGACGGGAUUGGGAGAAGCUUUGCUUGGGGACUUUUUAUGUUAAGCCGAAUUAUCCUGGUCGCUGUUCUCACAUCUGUAACGCUGGCUUCAUCACAACUAGCGUAGCCCGCGGUAAGGGCGUUGGCUAUGCGAUGGGCGAGACUUAUCUGGAAUUUGCGCCGAAAUUGGGAUACAAGUACUCGGUCUUCAACCUGGUCUUUGCGAAUAACCCUGCUUCUAUUCGAAUCUGGGAGAAGCUGGGCUUCAGCAUUAUUGGACGGGUGCCCAAGGCGGGACGGUUGGAAAACAGUGAGGAAUUGGUGGAUGCACUGAUUUUUGGACGGGAGUUGGGUAAUUAG